AUGGCCGGAGAUGCAGAUGGUGGCGAGCUCACCAUGGAAGCGCCCAAAAGGGCCAGGCCCCGGCCCACGCCUGCCGGCCGCAAGUGUCGUGUCAAGAAGGCCGUGCGCACUUCCGAUGCGGCGCGCAAGAUGGAGGAUGGGACCGUGAUUGCCGCCGACGGCUCCAAGGUCCUGGCCGACGGGACCAAGGUGGAGGCGGAUGCCGCGGAGCUUGCAGCGCGUGAGGAACGGCGGAAGCGCGCAGAGCAGUUGGAGGCUGAAGCAGAGGAGAAGAGGAAGCAGGCCGAGGAGGAGGCCAAGAAGAAAGCCGAGGCCGCCGCUGCGGAGGCGGAAGCCAAGGCUGCGGAGCGGAAGAAGGCCCUGGAAGCGCAGCAGCUGCCGCAGUUAUGCUCCACGCUAGCCAGGGAUGCUUCCUGUAGUUCAGUCACCUGGGCGGUGCGCAGCUAUUUUGUGCUCAUUUGGGUUGCAGACGUGCGGAUGGGACAGGGAGGCAGCGUUAUCAGGCAGCCCACCCCACCAAUUACCGAUGUGUGUGGUGCGCUGGAGUGCGGGGAGGCCACUGAGCCGGCGCAGCCUGCCGUUCCAAACAAGUUCCAGCGCUUGUCGACGCUAGGGCAUCUGGAGGUGGAUGCGGACAUCGCGCGAGGCCUGUCCUUGCAAAAGUCCUUGCGGACGGGUGGGCGCUUGUGGUUGACCUGUCCGGCCGACUUGGACAAGAAAGCUCGCGAGGAGCUUUGGAAUAGGUCGCAUCCUGUAAAGCAUUUCGACCUCUUCCUGUCCCACACCUGGAUGACGCCAGGAAAGUGGAAGCUCCUCUCGCUGCUGCUGCAGUCUGGCUCGCACAAAACGCUCUUCUUCUGGUUGGUGGGGGUGAGUCUUGCAGCUGCUCUCAGCAUCCUUGAUCUUGUCCCCCUGCCCUGGGUGAUCUCCAGUUUUUCAUUCGGCUUUGAUCGCCCGAUGCCUGUUGGUCCAUGGAUUCUGCUGGCGAGCUUUGUGGCAACCACGUUGGGGUUGUUUGCGUCGCCCUAUUUCCCACGCCCAAGCCGUCAAAGAGAUAUGUGCUUUUUGGACCUGGCCAGCAUCCACCAAGCAGAUGCGCAGCUUAUGGAGAGGGGCAUCUACGGCAUAGGAGGAUUUCUCAGCAUCUCAUCCGAGUUGCGGGUCCUGUGGUGCGGGAACUUGUGCUUCCAUGUUGACAGCAACAGCCGAGGAUUGUGGUGCGUCUUUGAAUUAGCAGCAUAUCGCACAGCAAACCCCACUGGCAAGAUUACUCUAACUCCGCUCUUCGUGGAAUUGAUUGUGUGCCUCAUCCUGCUCAUGCAGUACGUCUACUGCGGCGUUUGGUGGAUGUGCAGGACAUGGCGGGAGGAGGGUAAGUACAGGCUCGUCUCGCAUGGGCUGGCCGUCGUACCAAGCUACUUCGUGAUGCAUGUGCUGCGCAAAGCCCACGUGCUCAAGCACACGCUCUUCUCCGAGCUGGCACCUGUGGCUAUUCUUAGCUUUACUGCUUUGCGCUUGCGUUGUUGUGGUUUGGGCUUCUCUAUCGACUCCCGGCUGGCUGCAGAAAGCUUCGACAUCAGCAAGGCAAAGUGCAGCAGCGACUUCGACAAGACAUUUAUCCGGACGGCAAUCGCCCAGUGGUACGGCAGCGAGGAGGCGUUUACCGACUUCGUGCGGGGCCCGCUGCGCGAGGAGCUGCGGACGAAGGCGCGCUGCUGCACCUUUCUGGACUAUGAGCUCCUUCUGCUGACGCCUCUGGCUGCUUCUGGGUUGUACCUUGGCUACCUAAGGGCCGAUCGAGGUCUUAGGCUCGGGAGCCUAGUCCCCCAAAGCCGCGGCAUCUCUGAUGUCGGAUAUGAGUUGAGCAGUUAG